AUGCUCUUCACCAGCCUCAAUCUCCUCUUCUUCUGGAUGACAUGGACAACCCUCGUCCUGUCGCAUUCUCCACUCCGAGUCGAGUUGUUUGGCACCCUCGCGAUCCGCCUAGUCUUUUACCUUGCGCCUUCAAUCUUCUUCUUCGCUUUCGACACUAUCCUUCCCUAUGCAGCUUCUUCAAUAAAAGCGCAAGGCCAGAUUGCGCUACCCUCAGGCCAUAAGCGGCGCAAAAUCAGUCGCAUGGAAUUGAAGAUUAUUGGAUGGUCGCUCUUCAAUAUUUUUUUAAGUAUUGCGGUGCAGGGUGCUAUGGAGUUUACUUUGACGACGCUACUUCGGAGACGGAGUUUGAUCAAGGUUGCCGUGCGGUUGCCGUAUCCUUGGGGUAUUACGAUUGAUGUAGUGCGAGGCUUCAUUGUUAGGGAGAUUUUGAACUAUGCUAUUCAUCGUUUUGUCCUGCACAAUGAUAGGUUGCGUGUCAACCGUUUCCAUGAAACCUGGUAUCAUGGCCUAAGAGCACCCUGGCCCUUGACGGCGCAUUACGACCACCCUCUUUGCUAUAUAUUGUGGAAGUUCGUUCCACUUUACUUGCCUGCGGCCCUAUUCCGCUUUCACAUGAUAACAUACAUGAUUUUCCUCGGACUUGUGUCUCUCGAAGAAACAUGGACGCACUCCGGCUACUCUAGGGUUCCUCUGGGAUUCUUGCUAAGUGGAAUGGCUCGUCGGACGGAAAUGCAUGUGAUUUCAGGCGGAGAUGGGAAUUAUGGCGCAUGGGGAGUUUUGGAUUGGUUGGGUGGAUCUACUGCUGAUGAGAGCGAGACGAUUGAGGAGGAUGUGCGAGCGGAGCUUGCAGACUUGGAUAUUGACACGAAGAUUCGCAAGGCUGUGCAGGAGGCGAGGGAUCAUAUGGGGGAUUCCGUUGCAAAGGAAAAGGUCAAGACAAGAAGAAGAAUCAACGGCAACGGCAAAGCCUGA